CUUUAAAAGGAAAGGAAUUCCCAGUAAACGAUUCAUUCACAGGUCAACUAGACUUAGAGAACCCUUUAGUUCUCAUUUCCAUCUCCUCAUAUUUUACUUCUGGGGUCUUUCUGCAGGGCAAACAGAAGAAAAGAGGAAGACUAGAGACAGGCAGCGUUCUGCAAUGGGGAAGCUCUGUUGCGGAGGAUCAUCUGAUGAUGGGGGUUUAGACCCUAAGGUGCUGGUUUUGGUUUUGGUGUUCAUAUAUCUAGCUGCCAUGGUUUGCUGCUUGCCCCGCCCGCGGCCGUCUUGUUUUGUUGUGCAUCAGUUUCACUGCCGCAUUUGUUGGCGCCUAAACUGCCGAUGCUGAAAGCUAUGCGUCGAGAGAUGCCAUCGCCAUUCCCUCUCUUCUGUAUCUUAUUAUUCUGGAGGAAAUAAAAAAUUGGUAGCAGCAUUUGUAACAGUUUCUCUGCAACAGAGAUUUUCUACUAAUUCCUUGUAAUUCGUCAUGUUACCUUCUGUAUUCUUCUUUCUCUUUUGAAAUAAAUCCAUUUUCUGGCCACCACAUGCAUAUUUUGGCAAUUUUGUUCCAGAUGCAGUCAAAACAAGCUUUGAAUUUUUCUUUUCUGGUAAGAUCAAAAUAAACUCUGUUGCUAAUGAAUUUGUGUCAUUUGA